AGAGAGGAGUUGGAUGGACUGAUCCAGGAGCAGAUGAAGAAGGGAGGCAGCUCGUCAAACCUUUGGGCUUUGAGGCAGCUCGCAGACUACAUGUCUUCACACGGAUCUCCCUCCAGUCUGCCUGUGGCUCCAAACAACAUGAUGAUGGUGACUCCCAUAAAUGACCUGCAGAGCUGGGAGCCCGGGCGCCUGGUGAAGGGAGAGCGACUGAUGAGGUGUAAACUGGCCUCUGUGCAUCGACUGUUCGACCUCUACGGCUGGGCACAGCUCCGCCACACCUGCCUCACUCUGCGCGUGAAUAAGGAGCAGGAACACUUCCUAGUGCUUCCAGAAGGUCUCGCCUACAGUGAAGUGACUGGCUCCAGUCUGGUGAAAGUAAACCUUCUGGGCGAGGUGGUGGAGAGGGGCAGUACAAACCUGGGUGUCGAUUUGGAGAAGUUCAGUCUUCAUUCGGCCAUUUACUCAGCUCGACCCGAUGUCCGCUGUCUGCUGCACCUUCAGACCCCAGCCACAGCAGCAGUCUCCAACAUGAAGUCAGGGCUGCUUCCUCUUUCUCAUGAGGCCCUUUUGGUCGGAGAAGUGGCUUAUUACGAUUACAAUGGCGUCAUGGAGCAGGAGGAGGACAGAGUGGAGCUGCAGAAAAGCCUGGGACCCACCUGCAAAGUGCUCGUGCUGAGAAACCAUGGCAUCGUGGCUCUGGGGGAGACUGUGGAGGAGGCCUUCUACUCUAUCUAUCACAUACAGGCAGCAUGUCAAAUACAGGUGUCAGCAUUGUGUUGCUCUGGUGGGGAGCAGAACCUGAUCAUGUUGGACCGGAGCGCCCACAGACCUGCUCCGGCCGGGACCGUGGGCUGGGCCGGCUCCACCUUUGGCCCCAUGAGCAAGAGCCGCAUUGGGGAGCACGAGUUUGAGGCCCUGAUGAGGACCCUGGACAACCUGGGCUACCGUACCGGCUACACAUACCGCUUCCUGUUGCUGGAAAGGUCUCGGAUGCGACGAGAUGUAGAGGUGCCUGCCACAGUCACAGCAUUUUACCCGUUUGAUGAAGACGGGGGACACCCAGCUCUGAGGCAACACCCUUUUGUCAACAAGCAGCAGCAGGAGAGGACCCGCUGGCUCAACACUCCCAACAUCUACCAGAAGGUCAACCAGGAGCAGGCCAGCCCCGGACACCAGCGUACAGUGUGGAUGAAAACCGAUGAGGUUAACCAAGCUGGCAGCACGCCCAUCAAAAUUGAAAACCCCAACCAAUUUGUGCCUCUUUUCACCAACCCACGGGAGGUGAUUGAGACACGAAACAAGAUUCGACAACAGAAUCGUCAGGACAUGAAGACAGCAGGCCCACAGUCCCAAGUCCUUGCCAGUGUCAUAAAUGAAGACAGCCCUCCGUCUCCAGUGAGUCCGCCUCCACUCCCACCUGAGCCUGAGCCUCCAAACCCCUUUAACGAGCUCACAGACCAAGAACUGGAGGAAUAUCGCCGAGAGGUGCAGAGGAAGCAGCAUUCGGGCACCAAUGAAGAACCUAAGACUGACGACGCAGUGCUCCAAAAUGGUGGCGAGGAGGAAAAGCAGACGACAGAGGAGCUGGAGAAGAGCAUGAAGGCUCUAACCACCAACGACACAUCCACGAUCCCGACUUCGCCCCCCGCCAAACUGCAAGGCAACACCCCCGAGGGGUCACCGUCCAAGUCCCCCUCGAAGAAGAAAAAGAAGUUCAAGCCGCCAUCUUUCCUGAAGAAGAGCAAAAAGCAAAAGGAAAAAGCCGAGAGUUGAGUUGGUUAUGAUGCAGCCCCUUGGUUAAAUAUUAGUGUGAAACAUUUAUUUACUGUUUGAGCUAAUGGUGCAUUCAAAUCCACUCAUGCAAAAUUAACUGUAACACUCUUGGACACUAAAUAAAUCGGUUUCACUCUGUA